AUGAAUAACGUUCAAGAGGCAGCUGCUGUUGCAAUGUGUUCGCUCGCGUAUUAUAAUUACGUGCGUGUUUUAUAUACAACAAAAAUUAAAAAGAAAUGGAGAAAAAGGAGAUGGUGGAUGAUUGCAAUGCACCGGAACAGAACUAGACAUAGUAUGGAGCAACAAUUUGUUGAACUCAUACAAGAACCAUCUGGAGAAUUCGAAAAUUUCCAUCGAAUGUCAUUGACGGAUUUUAAUUACUUGCUUUCCAAAGUUCUGCCACUUAUCUCUAAGCAAGAUACUCAUUUAAGGGAAGCUUUCUUUUCAGUUUCUUUUUUUUUCAGUUCUAGGAUAGGCAUAUUGAAAAUUCCUUGA